AUGGCAUUGGCCUCACAAGGGCACCUUGUUGGCUCAAGCAGUCAUGCUGAUGUUCGUGUACCAGUUUGCACACUGAAAAAUCAGCUUAUGGAUCUGAAUGCAAGUUUUGGCCAAUUCCAGCUUGGUCCUGCGAGUGAAAGACUUCCUGAGAUCAAGAUCAUGUACAGCCCCCUUUAUUCAAUGACACAUCAACAGCUGGCUUUUUGCGGGGAUGGUCCUACAGAGGUUAUGUGCUGGACGACGAAGGGUACAUCGUCCUUCGGCAAGCGGAGAAACAAGACGCACACUUUGUGUCGCCGAUGUGGGUCCAAGGCAUACCACCUGCAGAAAUCCACCUGUGGGAAGUGUGGAUAUCCCGCUAAGCGCAAGAGAAAGUAUAACUGGAGUGCAAAGGCUAAGAGACGUAACACCACUGGUACUGGUCGCAUGAGGCACCUGAAAAAGGUCUACCGCCGAUUCAGGAAUGGAUUCCGUGAGGGAACCACACCGAAGCCCAAGAGAGCAGCUGUUGCAGCCUCCAGUUCAUCAUAAAGACUCAUCUGUUUGUUAAAAUAAAUGGUCUUAUCCAGAAAAUCUGUUGCUUUUUAUGUGUUUUUAUUUCAGUGAAAUGUGGGAU